GUCAAGUAGACUAUCAAGACCUCAGUCUGGCCGUCGAGAAAAGUGAGGACCUCAUAAAGAUUCGCGAUUUCGAUCAACUUGCCGGUGCCGUCACUUCAGCUGGCAAAUAUGUUACAUCGCAGGCAGAUAUUGUGAGCGAAGACUUUUCAGCUGAUGUCGUUUUCAUUAUCGAUGCUUCUACAAGUAUUACUGACGAUAAUUUUGAAAGGACAAAGGCAUUUGUAAAAAAGAUGGUGGUAAUGCUGAAGUUAUCCACUCCUGAUUCAAGAGCAGCAGUUGUAACCUAUAGUUCAUUUCCAAAAACGGUCGUGCCUAUGGCUAAUUAUAAUCUAAGUUCAUUUGAGAAAAGUAUUGAAGACGCUGUUUUGCACAGAGAUGAAUUUAAAUCAAGAAUAGAUCUUGCUAUGAAUUUCGGAAGUAAAGAACUACGGACGCCUGGUAAAAAUCGGAAGAAAGUUGCUGUUUUAGUGACAUCUGAAGAGCUAAGGAAAAAGCCUGAGCCACUGGGAGUUGUUUCUCAUCCUCUUCGUGAUAUGGGAGCAGAUCUGUUUAUUAUUACUAUUGGCUCAAAACCGAACAUUGAAAAUCUGUUGCCAAUGGUUGUCGAUGCGAAAGAUAUUUUUAAAGUCACUACAUACCAAGAUUUGCUCAUUCGAAAUCGUGAUAUUGCUAAAGAAAUUGCCAAGAAAUCAGGUACUCGAGUAUUGCUACCAAAGGACUUUGAAGCGGAAGUUGUGUUUUUGAUAGAUUCUUCUAUGCAAAUUUCCACAACAGACUUCAACCACGAAAUCGAUUUUGUAAAAGAAAUGGCAAAAUUGAUGGAACUAAAUAAGGAGAAAAUUAGAUCUGCGGUUAUCACAUAUGGUAACUACCCGGAAAUAGCAAUAAACAUGGGAGAUUAUGAGGGUUUAGGUGACUUUGUUUCCAAAUUACAAAAGGUGGCUAAAAUUGGAGGGGCUAGGCGAAUUGACAUAGCAGUGGAAAAAUCUAUCGACUUACUAAAAAAUGCACGCCCUGGAGUUCCUAGGUUAAUUAUCUUACUGACUGCAGGAGAAGUGAUUACUGGCGUCUCAAAAAUAGCUGAGCAUUUAAAAAAUAUUGGUUCUAAAGUGUUUGUGGUGGCAAUUGGUAGCAUUAGAAGCACUAAAGCUUUACAAAAGCUGGUUUCGAGACCAGAAGACCUGUUUAAAGUGCCUCGUUUUGAAUACCUUCUUGGCUAUACAAACAUGAUUGGCAUUGCAAUGUCCAAUAUUUCAGCUGUUCCACAAGUCAAAGGCUUCAGAGCGGAUAUAAUUUUUCUAGCAGACGCGUCAUCUUCUGUCAGUCGAUCGGAAUUUGAAGCUCAGAAAGAUAUUGUCAAGGAACUUUCUAGGAUGUUUAAUAUUGAUUCCGUGAAUUCAAAAGCAUCAUUUGUAACAUAUGGCAACCGUGCAGUCGUUGUUUGUAAAUUUGAUGACUGCAAAAGUCAUUCAGAGUUUGCAAAAAUAAUAGAUGACUCUCCCUUAACUGGUGGGUCAAGGCGUAUGGACAAAGCACUUGAUCAAGCUUGGGAUUUAUUCAACCAUAGGCCAAACAGACGUGUACCUAAAAUUGUUGUUCUUAUGACGACGGGGACCCAUGAAUCAGAAUCAAACGUUCAAUCACUUGAUAAAAAGGCAUCUGCAAUGUUAUCUAUCGGAGCCAGAAUAUAUGUUAUUGCUUUUGGAAAAAGGCCUGACUCGAGGGAGCUUAGUCGUGCCGUUCAGACAUCUGAAGACAUUGUUAGGAUAUACUCACUGGAAGACGUACUCUCGCAAAUGAUUCCAAUGGCAAAUAAAAUAAUAAAAGAUCACAUUCUGAUCCCAAAGACUUUAAAAGCUGAGGUUAUAUUUCUAGCAGACUCGUCUGGAUCGGUGAACUUUGGAGAAUUCCAAGAUGCAUUGCGUUUCACUAAGUCACUUGCUAACCAUCUUAAACUCUUUUCUGGGAAAUCUAGAGCGUCAUUUGUCUCUUAUGGCUCACAUCCUGUAGAAGUCAACGAAUACAAGUCCCAGCAAGAGUUCAAUAAUGCGGUUGAUCGUGCUCCAUAUGUACGUGGAAAACGAAGAAUUGAUCUUGCUUUAGAAAAAGUUCUACAGAUAGUGAAAGGCACUAAACCCGAUAUUGCUAGGAUUUUAGUUUUGCUUUCUAAAGGUGUUUCAAGCCCAGGUUCUAAAGAUAUUGAGAGUGCGAUAAAGCCUCUUCGAGAUCUUGGUAUAAAACCUUUAGUUUUUAUUAUUGGCGAGAAUGUUGGCAGAAAAGAAUUCUUGAAGACCGUUGAUAAACCAGAUGACAUCAUCAUUAUGCCAUCUUUUAAAGUUUUACUAGAUAACGUGAAGUUUGCCGGCGAGAACAUUACCAUGAGUACGAUGGAUCCAAUGGAGCUAUCAGCUGACAUAGCAUUUGUAACAGAUUCAUCAGCAACAGUAUCAAGGCAAGAAUAUGAAAGCGAGAAAAUGUUCCUUAAAGGUUUGGCGCGACAACUAAAUGUUUCUCCUGGAAAGUCACGUGCAAGUAUGAUAACUUACGGCAAGAAUUCUAGAAUUGAAAACAGAUUUGACGGGUAUAGAACCUCAUCCGAAUUCGAGCAAAUUGUCAAGGAAGCUYUAUAUAUGGGUGGGCCAAGGAGAAUUGAUCGAGCAUUAGACACUGCAGACAGUGUUCUUCAAUAUAGCAGGGCACAAAUCCCAAAAAUUGUUGUGUUUUUCAUUUCUGGUCGAGAGGGUCUUACAGCUCAGCCGUUAGAAACAUCUGUUAAAGCAGUACGCGAUCACGGAGCUAGGAUAUUUAUUGUUGCUUUUGGAAACAAUCAUGACAUCAAAGGCGUAGAAUCACUAGUUGACCAACAACAAAACAUAUUUCGGAUCCCAGCAUCUGAUGACUUCACAGAUUGGGUUAUACCGACGUCUAGGAUAAUCGCAUCCCGUACACCUAUUGUAGAAACACCCAUUACGUCUAAUACUGACAUUGUUAUACUUGGAGAUUCCUCUUCCCAUGUACAAAAAUGGCAGUUCGAAAAACAAAAAGAAUUUGUGCAGAAGCUCAUCCAGAUGAUAAAUAUUUCUCCUGAUGGAUCUCGAGCUGCAUUUAUCUCCUACGGCGAAACACAAUUUCCCUUCGAUGCUUUCAAAGAUACAAAACAAGCAUUCAGCAAUUCUUUGAGGUCAACUGCAUAUGUUGGAGGUAAAGUGAGGCUUGAACUAGCAAUAAAUGCAGCAUUACAACUCUUCAAUCAACACCGCCCAGGAAAUUCAAAGGUGUUGCUAGUACUAACAGCUGGAUCACAACAUCCAAGAUCAGCGUCGUUGGAUUCCUUAGCACAAAGGCUUAAAGGACAACGCAUCAAUGUAUAUGUUUUAACGAUCGGAAGAGGCUACAACAUUUCCCAAUUUGCUCCUAUUGUCCAGAAGAAAGGAAACAUUCUUAGUGUUGACGACCACAACGCAUUGAUGUCAAAGAUUCAUGACAUACGCAUUCUUAUUACUAGCGUGGGUAAGUCUUGUCAGCUAACACUUGAUGAUGCAAGAUCUUCUAUAAAAUUUGCUUCUUUUAUUGAUCAAGCACCAAAUAUCGGCGGAGAAAGGCGAAUGGAUAAAGCACUCGAAACGGCAUCUUUACUACUGACGGGCUCAAGAUCAAAAGUCCUUAAAAUUGCGUUCUUAUUCACUGGCGGAGGUCAAUCAUCUAAAGCAUCCAUCCAAGAUUUGAGGUCCGCGGCGCACAUCCUGCAAAAUAGUGGAGUCAAGACGUACAUAAUAGCUAUUGGUAACAAUGUAAAACGUCAUGAGCUAAGUGCGGCUACUGAAGACUUUAAGUAUGUCAUUAAAGUGCUAUCAUUUGGUGGACUACCUUCGUCUGUUCCUCAUGUCUUGAAAAUCAUUGAUGGCGUGCAUGGGAAUUUGACGAACAAGAAAAUCACUUACGAUAUCGUAUUUGUCAUCGACUCAAGUGGUUCUGUAAAUCCAAGGGACAUUCAGCUACAAAAGCAGAUAGUAAAAAAUCUUGCUCAUCAUUUUGGUAUAGGGUCUGAUGGGUCGCGUGGUGCUCUCGUGAAUUACGGUAACAACGCGGACCUUAAUUUACGCUUCGACCAAUAUAGAAGCUUCGCCAAGUUUGAAACUGCUCUUGACCAGAUUAAUAGAAUUGGCGGAGAGAGAAGACUGGAUCGAGCUCUAAGCACUUCUGCAAGAAUCAUGGGUGAGGCAAGACCACAUGCCUUUAAAGUGGUCAUUCUUUUUAGUGCAGGUAUGCAGAGCAUGACAACAAACUCCUGGCAACUGAAAUAUGCCUCACGAAUUCUAAAGAAAAUUGGUGCACAGAUUUAUAUAAUUGCUCUUGGACCUAAAAAUGACAAAUCAGRACUUAGAUCAUUGACACACCGAGAUGAUAGCAUCUUGAAUAUUCCUUCUUAUGCCAACACCAAAGACAUCACUGAAAAGACAGUUAACUUGGUGACUGAUGGAUCAGGUCAUUUAAACCUAACKGAACUAGCGGCUGACAUUACAUUCCUUGUCGAUUCAUCCUCUGACGUGAGCCUAUCACAGUUUGCAUUGGAAAAGGCUUUCAUUAAGAACGUUGCAAGAAAGCUUGAUAUUCCAAAAGGACGCUCACGCAUUGCACUAGUUAGUUAUGGAUCAUCCMMAGUAAAAGUGUUUGAUUUGGAGGAUUAUCGAGAUAUAAAUGAAUUUGAUAUCAAAGUCAACGGUGCCCCUUAUAUUGGUGGUCGUAGACAUAUACACGACGCUCUAAGAUCGGCUAAGCAAAUUCUUGAUAAUGGCAGUCCUCAGCAUGUAAAGAUUGUUUUCCUGUUAACUGCURGAGUAAAGCUUUCAGAUGAUAGAAAGCGACAAACUGAAGAAGUUAUCAACGCCUUAAGGUUGUCUGGUAUUUUUACAUUCGUCAUUGGUAUUAGUGAAAGCUUCAAAGCCAAAGAUCUUUUGUCACUCGUUGAUCAACGCGAGGAUCUUAUCAUAGUAAAGACAUUCGAAGGGUUGAUUCCAAUGGGCCACGAUGCUCUUAUCCGUAUAGCCACCGCUGUGUCUUCAAGAAUUCAAUACAAAGCAGAUAUCGUUUUCCUUGUUGAUACAUCUAAUGAAGUAAAAAGCGACAAUUUUCUACGUUUGAAGCAACUCGUGAAAGCUUUGGGAAGGUAUCUGAACAUUCGUCCUAAUGCUUCACAUGCAGCCAUAUUACUCUUUGGAUCCUCCUUCAACACCAUUCUCCGUCUCAAAGAUGAUCAGUCUACUGUCAACUUCGAAAAAUCCAUUGAUCGUGCUACUGCAAUUGGUGGUUCAAGGCGAAUAGAUAUAGCACUUUUAGAAGGAGCACGUCUUUUCCUUGAAUCUCGAUCUGAUGUUCCAAGGAUUGCUUUCGUAUUAACAACCGGUAAGCAGGCUGACAUUCUGGGCGCCAAACCAUUAUACGUUGGUAGGAAACAAUUGCACGACAUGUCUGCAAGGAUUUAUGUAAUAGCUGUUGUUCAGAGUCCCAGAAAUGGCGUCGGGCAGCUAAAACAAAUUGCAACUACGCCUAAUGAUGUAUUCUUAUUGCCGUUGCUGAGUAACGUAGUGUCCAAAGUGUCGUUGAUCUCACAGCAUGCUAGGAACACAGCCACACAAGGCAAGGAACUAUAUUCUCUUCCUCCAACGGASCUGAUAUUCUUAAUUGAUUCCUCCGACGAAGUGACUACUGACUUGUACGAGAAGCAAAAACAAAUAAUUAAAGACAUUUUGCAGCAUUUUGAUAUCAGUGCAACUAAAACAAGAGUAGCAGUGAGCGCCUAUAGUGACCGUGGUGGUGCUGUCAUUACCUUUAAUUCCUUCAGUAACAUCAUUGACCUGCAUGAAGGUAUCGAUAAUAUACCAUAUUUCAGAGGAAAGAAAAGGCUAGAUAAAGCGGCAAAAGACGCUGAAAAGCUGCUAUCCACAGCUCGCACUGAGGCAAAUAAAAUUAUAAUCCUUUUGACAACUGGUCGCCAUCAGCCUGAACGUGGAGCGAUUCCGUUGCGCACUGCAGCUCUACCUCUCCAAGGGAAAGCACAAGUCUUUGCAAUUGGCAUUGGUUCUCGUCCUGAUAUCAACGAACUGCGUCAACUUACACAGCAUAACGGAAACAUAUUUAUUAUUCCGUCAUCAGGAAAAAUCAAAUCAAUGCUUCAGUUUAUAAUAAAGCAAAUGGCCAUACUGAAUGUACCUGAAAUACGAAGUAAUGAUAAAAAGACAGAUUUGGUUUUUGUGGUGGAUUCUUCAGAUAGUGUAGGAAAUAACAAUUUUGUCAAGUCUAAAGAGUUCGUCAAAGCCUUUGCCAGGACACUGAACAUUGCGGCCGACAAGACACAUGUUGCAUUAAUCACAUUUGGUGAUACGCCAGACUUGAGYAUCAGAUUUGGAGAACACUUGGAAGCACAACAGUUUCUUCAAGCAGUCGAUAAGGUGCCCUACAUCGGAGGCGCCAAAAGACUGGACAGGGCUCUCAUCCUCUCGGCUCGAAUAUUGCAAAAAUCUCGCCCCAGUUCCAUGAAAAUCGCCGUCAUUAUUUCAGAUGGACAGCAGACCAAUGAACGUGGUGUUGAGCCACUCGAUUUAGCGGCUCAAUCCCUGCAUGGCCUUGGUACUAAGGUGUAUGUAAUCGGGACUGGUAGAAACGUUGACAUAGACCAGCUUCAACGAAUUACACAAGAGCCUGGAAAUUUAUUUAUCUCUAGAUCAUAUGAUGAUUUAUUAGCACAAAUUAUAUUUGUGUUGUUGGAGAUGUCAAUCGGUCCCACAAGAACAGGCCCACGUGGUUAUGUAGCAGACAUUAUGUUUUUAGUUGAUGCGUCGGACCGAAUCACCGAUCUGGAGUUUCAGCAGCAAAAAGCCUUUUUCAACGAUAUUUCGCGUCGAUUGAAUGUUUCUCCUUAUGGAACUCGGGCAGGAUUUAUAACAUACAAUAAUAAUCCUCAUUUAGCAAUCAAAUUUGAUUCAUAUAACAAGACUGCAGACUUCUAUUCUCAGCUUUCACGUCUUAAGAAACUUGGUGGAGGGCAUAGGCUGGACAAAGCGUUACAACUGACUGGACAGAUGUUUKCGGGUAUUAGRCGAAAUGCUGCUAAGGUGGUUAUCAUUCUGGUUAGAGGAAAACCGAUCACCGAUUCCGACUCGGCCCCACUGGCCAAUGUCAUAAAACCUUUUAAGAAUCAAGGCAUUGUMACUAAUGUGCUGGCAAUUGGUCCUGACCUGGAUGUUUUUGAACUUACGACUAUUGCCCGAAGACCAGAAAACAUAUUAUUUGUGAACAACUUGCAUGAUUUACAGGCACAGAUUGAACGAAUCUGGAAACACAUAGUUGGUACAACUGUUGUAAACUGUAAUCAAACCUUGGACGUCGGAAUUGUGAUGGAUUCAUCYGGAAGUCUGGGACGAGAGCAUUAUUCUAAAGAACGCGACUUUAUCAAGUCUAUAAUCAGAGAACUGGUCAUUGCAUCACCCAGCAGUCGCAUUGGGAUUGUUCCCUUUAGUGAUUAUGCAGAAGUGGCAAUUGAUUUUAACAAUUUCCAGACAAUGUCGUCUUCUGAGCUUGAUGCGAGUAUAGAUGGUUUACCUUAUGAACAAGGAAGAACAAGGAUCGACCGAGCUCUUGAUGUAGCGAAUAGGGGACUUUUUAUCAAUAAACGUGCUGGUGUGCCACAGGUCCUUUUGCUGAUAACAGACGGUCGACAAUCUAAAGAUCCAGGUUACAUACCAGUCAGUCAGUCGAUGAUCCCGAUAAGAAUCAAAGGCAUUAAAACCAUUGCGGUUGGAAUCGGUAAUGAUAUCGAUCUGGAGGAACUGAAGCAAAUUACCGGCGACAAUAAAAAUGUGUUUAUUGUUGGCGCUUUUGACGAAUUGGAGGGGAUUGUUAGGGGACUAGUGACAAGAUCUUGUUCAAUUUAAAUUCUUCUCUACAUCUAAGAUAUUCUUCAUGUCCUCAGAGUGAUCUUCUGUGCAAGCACUUUCACUAAAGAUAAGGAUAACUUGGGUAUUAGUUGGAGAAAUAACUAAAUGUAAUCAUGAUAACUUUAAAGGUCCUAUCAUUUCUACGUCGAAACGCUGCGGCUUAACAUUUCCAUAGUAUUGGGGAUCUUCRUGUUUUUAGCUGCAUGCUAUUAAUUUCGGGGAAACCGGUAACAAAAAUUAAAUAUGCAAAUAAAGUCAUGUUUAACCUAGGAA